CCAUGGAGAGAGCUUGUAAUAAGAUUUUUCAUUUUAUCUCAUUAUUGGCGUAAUAAAUAAGUGAAACUAAUAAUUUCAUCAUGUCAAUGAUGAAACGCAAGACAAUCUAUGUGCUAGAUCAUAAUGGUAUCACAUUGUCCUGCUAACAUCUACCAAAACGAAAUAUAUUUGUAUUUUAUUACUUGUUUUUUUAGCAUUUCAGAAUGAAUGGAGGAAUGGAGCAUAAAACUCCAGGACACAAUGCAGUGCUCCACAAAGCACCCAAAAACUAUAAACUGCUUAUGGACCCAUUUCUUAUGAAGGGAGCUACUAAACUGUAUAGAUAUGAUGGUUGUGUACCUGGAGAUUCCACUUAUCCUCCUGUACAAUGCAGAGAUCCUCGGUCACAGCUCUCAAGAAUAUGGAAUAGAUUAGAACCAGCAGAUUUACCAGUUCCUAGGUUUAAAAUAGAUAAAAAUUAUGUGGGUACUCCACCUCUGCUAGAAAUAACUAUAGGAAAUCUUAAUGACAACAUAGAUAGAGGAUUUUUAGCAGACAUGAUGAACAAAGUGGGCCCGUAUGAGGAAUUGACAAUAUUUUAUCAUCCACUAACAAACAGGCAUUUGGGAUUUGCAAGAGUAGUAUUUCAGGAUGUUAAAUAUUCAAAGUUGUGUAUAGACAAGUAUAAUGGCAAGUCUGUUAUGGGCCAGGUGCUUGAUGUCUUCCAUGAUCCGUUUGGCAAGCGCUGCCAAGAGAUGUUCGAGGAUAAGACUAUGGAGAAGAAGGUGCACAUGUCGAUGCCUCUAGCCAAGCCUCCAUUGCUCGUUGAAGAUGUGAGGGCACAGAAGUUGGACCCAACACUCAGCAAGCGGUUAGAGGAGACGAAAAUUGUUGAAAAGGAGCCGUACCCUCCUCGCUUCAAAGACGUGGAGCACAGUGACAGCAACACGCGGUGGUCGGACGAAGAGCGCGAGUACCGCCACCGCUACCGCAGCCGCGGCGACCGCGAUCGAGACCGGGACCGGGACCGGGAUAGGGACCGAGAGCGUGAUAGAGACCGUGACCGCGACCGCGAGCGGGAGAAAGAGCGUGAUAGAGGGGAUAGGGAGAGGCACCGAGAGCGGCACAGUCGCGUCGUGAGCGAGACCGAGUCUACGUAUACGUCGUCGAGCCACCCGCCUGAAGUUCCGUAUACGCCGGCUGGUCCGGUGCCCUACGACUCCUACUACCAGUCCAGCUACAGCUACACUUACGGCGCGGGCGCACCCGGCGGCAGCGGCAUGGCUUGGUGGGGCGACUGGCGGCACCCGCACCACACUGCCCACCACCACUCGCACGAGCCGCCGGUGGACACCAAGAUCGUGGAGGCGGCGGAGGCGCGGCCACCAGAUGACGUUGUGGACAGCAAGGAGCCCGAACCAAAGCCGCCGCCGCCUGCUGACGAGCCCAAGAACGUGGAUCUUGACACCAGAAUAGCAAUGUUGCUCAAAGGCGCAAGCGGGGGCGGAGGCCUGGCGCCUCCCUUCCUAGCGCUGGGUAUAUCGUCUGAAGAGGAAGACGACGAGAGGAUCCCGGCCAACAUACCAGACCUCGAUGCUCCCCAGCCGCCCUCGGAUGAUGACGGGUCCGGUAGUGAAGAUCGGAACAGUAUAAUAUCAAUAAACCCGAAGAAAGACAUCGACCCGGAACCGCUAUCAAACACGCCUUCUCCGUACCUAUCUCGGGAGUUCUACCUUGAGUGCCUCAAAGUGACUGUUGAAUGGAAGUCAAAGAAGGAGGAGCGGCGGCGCUUCCCAGCUAUGGACAAAAUCGGUUCCGACAUUUCGUCGUCGGAAGAUGAGCUACUGACUGGCGACGAGCCGCGUCGAUCGCCGCUCGCGCCGCCCGAUAAGGAACGCGACAACUUGGAUGACGACCAGAUGUCGCUGUCCUCGCUGUCGUCGACGGAGGCCAAGAUCGAGGAGCAGGUGCCCGCGGAAGCGUACUACGGGCCGCCGCCUGCGCACCCGCACUACUAUCAACCCGUGUGGCCGCCCACCGCGUACCCGCCUCCAGCGUACGGCGCGCCGGACAUGUCUUUAGCAUACGGUGGCGCAUUCGCGGCGCCUCCCAUCCUGCCGCACCACUACCAGCCGUAUCCGGAGCCCGCUGUGACGCAGCAGGAACUGGACAACCCGUACUACCCAACAAUAAACAGCAUAAUCGAGCGGGUGACGUCAGAACUGAAGCACAUCCUGAAACGGGAUUUCAACAAGAAGAUGAUCGAAAGCACCGCGUUCAAGAGUUUUGAACAAUGGUGGGACGAGCAGAGUCGAAAGGCACGCUUAGCCAAACCUAAGGAGGAGGCGGGACAACCUGGCGAACCGCUUAAAGACAUAUCAAACAAGAAAGAAGAGACCGCAGUGGACUCAAUAAAAUCCAUCAUGGAGUCUCGAGACCUCGGUCUAGAGCUGGGAGGCUACAGCAUCGGCAUAGGGCUGGGUCUUCGCGCCGCAAUCCCCAAGAUGCCCAGCUUCCGACGCAAACGGAAGAUUCCCUCGCCCGUUGUUAUGGACGAGGACUCUUCCAAGAGGCUGAGCGAUCAGGAGGAGAUGGUGCAGAAUUCGGACGAGGAGAAGGAGGUGCCGUCGGCCAGCCCGCACAACAGGAACGCCGGCUCGUACCUGUCGCGGAGCCGCCGGAGGCAGUCCAGCAGUUCUUCCAGGUCAUCAUCGUCGUCAUCAAGCCGGUCGUCGUCAUCAUCAGGCUCGGAGCGCAAGCCGGCCGCGCCGCGGAUAUAUUCAGAUACCGAUGACGACUCGGAAAUCGACGAGUCACAGGUAUUCAAGGUGGUAUCAAACAAGGAGAGGCUGCGGCGGGUGUAUUCUUCAUCAGACAGCGAAGAGGAACAACGGCGGCGCGAGAAGACUCCCAUCCCCGACGUCGACGCGUUCGAAGUGGACGAGCGCCUGUCGCCCGCGCGCUCGCCGCCGCGCGACACGCUGCUCGACCGCAUCUACUCCGACUCCGAGGAGGAGCGCGAGUACCAGGUCAGUCAGGCAGUCAGUCAGUCAGACAGCGAGCAGGAACAACGGCGGCGCGAGAAGACUCCCAUCCCCGACGUCGACGCGUUCGAAGUGGACGAGCGCCUGUCGCCCGCGCGCUCGCCGCCGCGCGACACGCUGCUCGACCGCAUCUACUCCGACUCCGAGGAGGAGCGCGAGUACCAGGAAAGAAGAAGAAGAAAUACGGAGUAUAUGGAGCAAAUCGAACGGGAGUUCUUCGAGGAGCAACAGAAAAGUUUGGAGACGAAUACGACGCGCCCGCAGCCCGAGAAACCACCCGACGAAAGUAUACCAGAACCGAAGAAGAAAGAAGAGGAAGUCACGAAUGCAGUCAAAAACCAUCUCAAAUCACCCGAAAAGAAAGAGACGAAGAGAGAACCCAAACCGGAAGUGGAAGAGGGAGAGAUUACGUCCGAAGAGGAGCCCCAGCCGGCGCGGAGGAAGAAGGAAAAGCGAAAGACCAAGAAGACCGAGAAGAGACAGAGGAUAGUGUCCGUCAGCGACCACAGCAACACGGAGACCACCGUCAGCGUCAAUGGGGUUAAAGAGGCGAGCAGUGCACAAUCAGAGACGUGGUCACCCGCGUCGCAAGCAUCGCAGGCCUCCCAGGCGUCGCAGGUGGCGCUCGACCACUCGUACUGCCGCCCGCCGCCCGACGCGGGCACCAGGCGCGCCUCCAACCAUCUGCAGCACGACCAUGGUACGCUGAUCAUACGGGCUGUUUCACAAUGGCAGGCGUCCAGGUGGCGCUCGACCACUCGUACUGCCGCCCGCCGCCCGACGCGGGCACCAGGCGCGCCUCCAACCAUCUGCAGCACGACCAUGGUGGCGCUCGACCACUCGUACUGCCGCCCGCCGCCCGACGCGGGCACCAGGCGCGCCUCCAACCAUCUGCAGCACGACCAUGGCGUCCAGGUGGCGCUCGACCACUCGUACUGCCGCCCGCCGCCCGACGCGGGCACCAGGCGCGCCUCCAACCAUCUGCAGCACGACCAUGCAUACGGGCUGUUUCACAAUGGCAGGCGUCCAGGUGGCGCUCGACCACUCGUACUGCCGCCCGCCGCCCGACGCGGGCACCAGGCGCGCCUCCAACCAUCUGCAGCACGACCAUGGUACGCUGAUCAUACGGGCUGUUUCACAAUGGCAGGCGUCCAGGUGGCGCUCGACCACUCGUACUGCCGCCCGCCGCCCGACGCGGGCACCAGGCGCGCCUCCAACCAUCUGCAGCACGACCAUGGUUACACUUGGAUGGAAGAACCGGAGAGCGAAGCGCCGGCGGUGGAAGAAGCGAAACUUAAGAAGGACGCCAAGCGGCCCUACAAGCGGAAACACGAGACCAAGAAGCUGGCAGAGAUACAGAACAAGCUUUACUCGCCGCGCUCGGACUACUCGCAAGUGGUGUACCCGGACGUGACGUACAAGCCGCGCGACAUCAUGGCCGAAAUGCACGUCAUGUACGAGUUCCUCACGCGCGGCGUCGACCGCGAGGACGUGGAGCACCUGCGCCGCGCCUACCACGCGCUCCUCGACCAGGACGCGGGCUACUGGCUCAACGACACGCACUGGGUCGAGCACCCGCCCACCGACCUCAGCUACACGCCGCCGCGCAAGAAGUCCAAGCGCCACAACAACAUCUACGAGGACCUGCAGGGCCACUCGAGCGGGUCAGCUCGUACAGAAGGCUACUACAAGAUGGACGCGCGGCUGAAGGCCAAGUACAAGUACCACCACGGGCGCGCCGCCGCGUCCGCCGCGCUGCACGCCGCGCCCGACGACAAGAUGAAGAAGAUGCAGGGCCUCUCGCGCGAGGCGCGCUCCAACCAGCGGCGGCUGCUCACUGCUUUUGGUACAGAUACGGAUUCAGAUUUACUGAAGUUCAACCAACUGAAGUUCAGGAAAAAGCAGCUCAAGUUUGCCAAGUCUGGCAUCCACGACUGGGGACUGUUUGCUCAGGAGCCGAUAGCGGCCGACGAGAUGGUGAUCGAGUACGUGGGGCAGAUGAUCCGGCCGAUCGUGGCGGACGUGCGCGAGGCGCACUACGAGGCCACCGGCAUCGGCAGCUCGUACCUGUUCCGCAUCGACCUCGACACCAUCAUCGACGCCACCAAGUGCGGCAACCUGGCGCGGUUCAUCAACCACAGCUGCAACCCAAACUGCUACGCGAAGAUAAUAACGAUAGAGUCUCAGAAGAAGAUCGUGAUAUACUCGAAGCAGCCGAUCGGCGUGGACGAGGAAAUCACGUACGACUACAAGUUCCCUCUAGAAGACGAGAAAAUCCCGUGUCUGUGCGGCGCGACUCAGUGCCGCGGCUUCCUCAACUAAACUUGAGAAUGGAGGGAGUAACACUCUGGCUAUCUCUUUGGCACUGGUGUUUGGGCAUGUUGCAUUAUUACACGACUUUAAAUCUGUCGGCUUAUGUCAAGACAAUUACGGUCCGGUUUUCAGACCGCUAAUUUCUAAAAAACAACACUAUGUAUAUUUUUAUGUUAUUUAUUACAGAGACAACAUUUCUUUUUAAAUAUGUGUUUUUGAUAUUAUGAUUUUGACGACGAAACAUUUAUUUAUUGCAAAAAAUUUUAAAUUGCACUUUGCCACAUUACAAAAUAUUUGCCGAUUCAGCCAAAACCUACGCCUUCCAAUAGAUUAACAAUAACGCCCCAAUUCAGAUUCUCUUUGUAAUAGUUAAGGAUAUAAAUGAUUCAUGAGAUCAUCGGCGCGACCCUUGUCAUUGUACUCGUGCAUACUAAGCACUUUGAAUUUAAGCACUUAGGCUUAAUUUCAACAAUAAAUAAAUAUUCAUUCAUAUUUUUACAAGUCCCAUAAUCCCGUGUGUUUAUUGGUAAACGUAUUAUCAAUAAAUAACUAAGACCGAACGAACCGUGCAGUGUUGUUGGUUGUGGAUUACUGCCGCUGGAGGAAUGAUCUCUAGUUAUUGUCUUUAUCACAAUGAUCGUAGGGUCAAAAGUUGUAUAAUAUAAUCGGUUAGUCAAUACAUCCAAGUUUUACUCACUGACAUAUUUGAAUAAGUGAAAUAGUAAAGGAGGGGGCGCUAAAGCCAGAUUUUGUAGUCACUAAAAUAGGUUUAAUCCUCAGAAAAUAUGCACAAGUGUUCAUUCAUAAAAUAUUAAGAGCCAUUUUACAUUUUCGUGCGAAUUUCUAAGAUUUUGGAAGCAUGAAUUACUAUCUUAAGCAACACCUAGAGAUUAUUUAAUAACUGCGAAAGAUAGGUCAAUCCUUGGUGUUGACCAUUAAUGAAACGGAUUUACUAAAACUCUUUUGCUUAAUUCACAGUGCCCCAUCUCCCACAACCAUUUUACGGAAAAAUUGCCGCAGACUCAUUUUCAAAGUCCUGUAUCUAUUAUUUAUACUCAUAUAAUAAGCUUAAAAAUAUAUAGUAAUCAUCGGACAUAUAUUCUUGUAGUCCAUUAAUGAAAUAGAUUCUUGAAUUUCAUUACCAUUAUUGAGUAAAAUCUAAAAAUAAUUUGCCAAAUUUGAAGAUUAACGUCACAUUUUGAUCGUGGUUUUUGGUUUAAAAACACAGCAAUAACUGGAACAAAAGUAUCCCAAAAUAAAGAAUAUUCAUUGUAGAAUUGAUUUCUACAGUUAUUGUUUAAAUAUUAGUAACAACUUUGUCAAAAUAUUGAUGUGAAUAUCAGUAUAAAUUACAAUGCGCAAGCCGACAUCGAUUAGUAUGGCGCGAGCGCCCGUCAAGGCAGGACCUGUGUCAUUUUUCCCGCCGUGACGUUUACGUGCGUUCGUGUCGUAAAGCGGUGAUUUGUACGGCGACCAAAUACAUUUGAUACUAUGCCGAGAGGCUGUUUCGAGUCGGCCGGCCGAGCAGAAAUUGAAAUGAUGAAUUUUAAUUUCUUUGACGGAUCUGGGUGUAACUAUGUAUAAUAUGUAGGUACCAUGUAUUUAAUUUAAUAAAUAAAUUAUAAAAAAGUAUAUCCAUUAUGCUAGCACCCUUAACAUAAGCAUAUUGGUUGCCUACUUUUGGACUAGAUGGCGCUGUGAAAUUGUUCAAAGAUUUGUUUAUUUAUUUAUCCGCUUUGAGUUUUGUUUCGUGAAGAAGAAAAAGAAGCGUUUUGUUUCGAGGGGGAAGUUUUGUUGUUAAAUCUAUACUAAUAAAAGAGGAAAGAUUUAAUUGUUUGUUUGUUUGUUUGGAGGCAAUAGGCUCCGAAAAAUAAUUCUUUCACGAUUUAGAAUCCUAAUUUUUUUCUAUGUAGGCUAUAAAAUAUUUUCAAAAACUUUAGUACAAAAUCUUUGAUAAAAUUCCACGUUUAAUAAAUAAAUUAGAUAUAUUAAUACUUUUUUUUCAGUUCGAUUUUAGUACUUGUUUUUCAGAAAUUCUACGAUUUAACUAAACUUCUAGUGUUUAUAUUUUAUGCAUAAUUUAUUAACUUCUAAAAUAUACAUAUUAUUAUAUCCUAUUGAUAGAUGACGUGCUUCGUAUUUUAUUAAAAUUAUUACCUGACUAUGUUAAAAAGGUGUGGAAUGUUAUUUUGGAGAUAACUUGGUUCCAUAGAAAUAUAGAGAGAUGCUAAGUAAUGCGCUGAGUUCGAAACUCAGUGUCGUAUUAGAAAUUCACACACACAAAGAAAUCAAAUUAUGUGCUCAUUAUCCACUGCGGUGUCAGUAUUCAACGUUCGAAUAAUCUUUAGUACUAUGCAAGCAUUAUAAACUGUUUACAUAAUGACGUCGCUACUAAAUAAAUUAAUAAAUAUCUUUGGACAAUCUCACACAGCGCCAUCUAGCCCCAAAGUAAGCAAUUCAUAUGCUUGUGUUAUGGUAUGGGUGCUAGCUGAACGGAUAUACUACUUAUAUACUUUUUUUUUUAAAUACAUACAUAUUAUACAUAGUAACACCCAGACCCGUCACAGAAAUUAAAAUUCAUCAUUUCAAUUUCUGCCCGGCCGGGAAUCGAACCCGGGACCUCUCGGCAUAGUAGUCCGUUCUGAACCACUACACCAAACGGCCGACAGACGGCUACUGUCAUCAUUGCUUUCACAAGCAAUAUGUUCCAAUUUAUCCCUUGUCACAUUUCCCUUUAGUUUCUGUGAUCUGUGCUUGUUUCUAAGUUGAUAUCAAUGAAAUAUUCCUUAGUACUUUUGAUUUAUUUAUUUUUUAUUUUGUCACGUGUUUGAAAAAUCAAGGUCAGAUUACAAUAAAAUGACAAGUGAAAACGUAACAUUGCAUUGCAACUCGCAAUUUCGCAAUAUUGAUGAGGAGAUUCCAUUGGAAAGUCUGUAUUCAUUCCUAGGAUUCCCCUAACACCGUCAAAUUCAAGAGAAAUCAAGAGAGUGCAGUUUCCCAUCUCAUGCUUAGGGACCACGGUUUAAAAUAGUGUGGUUGCAUAGAGCCUGCAACGGGCAACCGCGGGCAGCUGCUCAUACUAAUUUUCGAUAAAAAGCAAGUGUUGGCGCCCUCACGAGUUUUAGCGGAGUUCCAUAUGGUAGCGGGAGUAGACUUAAUGGAAAUCUAUGCUUCUCCGACGAUCAGUUGUAUGUGGAAUACUCCAGAGUAUGCGCACACAAUAGCCUGGUGAUUUUAGCACCUGAAGAUUGUUUACAAAGAAAUCUGCGGCAGGUGUAGUGUUUUAGUUUUGUUUUAGAAAGAUCUCAUAAUUUUGUAAGUAUUCAAAUAUUUAAACAUAAUAAUUUGUAGAUUUUAUAUAAAAAAAUUUAAUCAUUUAUUUUAACAAAAUUAAUUUUCUUAAAAUAUUUUAAUUCUGUUAGAACCAUUUUCCACUUCAUCGCAGAAGAAGUCGCGGGCAAAAAGCUAGUAUGAAAUAUGUAGUAUUGCCCGCGGCUUCACCCGCUUGAAAUUUAGUUUGUCACAGAUCGUCAUAAAUUGUAGCCUAUACAUUGUUAUUCUGGUCGAUGCCAGGGAUAGAUGAGCGUCGCUGUCGCUGGCGACAGGGUCUUCUGGUUCAGGGUUCAUGGCGUAGGUCUCAGGCAAAAUGAAAUCCACUCGUAGAAAUUAAUAAACUCAGUGUAUUCACGAAAAUAAUUACUCACAGCACUAGAGUCGUAUCGGAACUGAGUGAACCAAAGGUCUUGCGAUAGGAACUUCCGAUCCGAGUGAUAGUUGAACACAAACUGCCUAGUACUGCUGUACUGUACUGUAAAGUUUCAUCAAAAUCUGUUCAGUAGUUUUUGCGUGAAAGUGUUACAAACAUCCAGACAUCCACACAAACUUUCGUAUUUAUAAUAUCAGUAAGACUAGUAAGAAGUAAGAUAAUAAGAUGAAUUAUUUUAGAUAAUUGUUUACUUAUAAUAAUAUUUAUUUAUUUAUUUCUUAGCUCUGUCUGAUAAUGGAUCUGGAGGAGAUGCAAUGGCCACCUCCGUAACAAAACAAUAGAACCCUAUGGAGUUUGGGCUUGUGUGAUUCGCCUUGACGAAUAUUUCGUAUCCAGGGCCCGAUGAUGGAGCUGUAAGGGGGCAGAUUUUUUUUUCACUAUGUGACUGUCUUUAUUUUGUACUUAAUAUAUAUUUUACAUAUUAUACCUAUUCGUGUUUCAUUAUGAAUCGAAAUAUAAAAGACUUAUUAAACUCUAUUAAAAAUUUAAAUUAAUUUAUCAAGUUUGAAUACCUCAUUCUACCUUAAAAUUAAUAACUUAAAUCAAGUCUUAAUACGGUCACGGCUCAAGAUUUUUUUGUCCAUUUCAGCGUUCUUUUUACUCUUUUGACGUUGCGUUGACAGCUUUUACCUAAAUUCGCGCGGAAUAUUUUUGUGAAAUGGCUCUUAAGUCAAAUUUUUUUCUGCUCCUGUCUUACUGUCUGUGGCUAUCUUUGUUCAUUGAUGAUGAAUUUUUAUCACUAUUAUCAAGCUAUUAUUCACAUUAUUUUGAAAAUACUUGUUUACUUACUCAAAGAAAUGAAUUUAAUUAUGUUUGUUGUAUGAUACGAGUGUAUCACAAGGCAUUUGGUUAUUUUGUAGAUAUUUAUAGCACCUCGGGGACAUUGUCUUAAUAAAUGAAUUUCAGUAGCGGCAACAUGAUAAUGCAUAGUAGUUAAUCAUCUGCGUAAUAAUAAUAACUAUAGUAAAACGAUUUCAUCGAUAGAUUAACCGGACUCUACCUCAAGCGCCGAUUAAUGUUUACUUCCCAGGGAAUAAACUAUUUGUCUAUCUCAAGUGAACCUACUCUGUUAACGACAAUUUGCGAAUACGCGUUACGCCGACGCAGUGGCAGCAGUUUCAGUGUGCCGCUGCCCGGCGAUAGAAUAAUCAUUUUAUAUAGAGACUAAAACGUGUGUGAUGUAUGAAUCUGAAGUGUGUACCUCUUGUAUUUAAUGUGGAAGCCCAGUGCAACUUGUGUAUGUAAAAGAUAAAUUAUCUACAACCCUUGUAUUAUACUAUUUCGACUGAGUCUAAAAUAUAAUUUGAUAGGCGUAGUUGUCGGAAGUAACUUGCUUUGUAAUUAUUUUGUGUUGUAUAUUGUUUGUGAAUAAAGAUCUCUGCUGUUAUAUCAGAUUUAUGUAGUACACUUUUCAAGUACACGACUAUGAUGAGGUUUGGUUUGCUGAAUGAUUUGUAUUGUGUCACUAAGUUUUCGUUUGUUAUUGAAACGGUUGCAUUGAAACCCUCGCUGGUGAUAACCGUUAUUUUAAGAGGGUACUGAAAUUGUAAUUAAAUUCAUAAGCUCGCGACCUUUUAAUCGCACUUCAUAUUAUGUAAUGUAAAAUGUAUAAGAUUGUAAAUAAAAGAUUCCAACAAUUUUAAA